AUGGCAGAGCCAAGCACAAUAACGACUCAAAAUGAAACUAAAGAAAAAGAACCAGAACCAGAAUUGACUAGCAAGGAUUAUUAUUUUGACUCAUAUGCACAUUUUGGCAUUCAUGAGGAAAUGCUUAAAGAUGAAGUUAGAACACUCUCAUACCGUACAGCAAUUUAUCAAAAUAAACAUUUGUUUAAAGAUAAAAUUGUAUUAGAUGUAGGGAGUGGUACUGGAAUCUUGUCAAUGUUUGCAGCAAAAGCUGGUGCCAAACAUGUUUAUGGAGUAACACGACAAAUAGUUGCAGAGAACAAAUUAGAUGAUAAAAUUACCCUCAUUAAAGGCAAGAUGGAAGAAGUAAAGCUACCGGUUGACCAAGUAGACAUUAUAAUUUCUGAAUGGAUGGGUUACUUUCUUUUAUAUGAAUCAAUGUUAGACACAGUCAUAGUUGCGCGUGAUAAAUAUUUGAAACCUGGUGGCAUGAUAUUUCCUGAUAAAGCCACAUUAUUUCUUUCUGCCAUUGAAGAUGGAGAAUAUAAAGAAGAAAAAAUUGGAUUUUGGGAUAAUGUUUAUGGCUUUGACUUUAGUUCAAUCAAAUCAGUUGCUCUUAGAGAACCAUUAGUGGAUGUUGUUGAUUAUAAAGCUAUAGUCACAAAACCAAAUGCUAUAAAAGAAAUUGAUAUUAAUACAGUUCAGAAAUCGGAUCUUGAUUUCAAAGCUCCCUUCACUCUAACCGCUCUCAGAGAUGAUUAUAUCCACGCGUUUAUUUCUUGGUUUGAGAUCACCUUUUCAGUGUGUCAUAAGCCGGUUCAUUUCAGCACAGGACCGCAUGCUAAAUAUACACACUGGAAACAAACUGUGUUUUAUACAAACGAUUCAAUUAUUGUUAAAGAAGGUGAAACAAUUGCUGGAACUUUAACUUGUUCUCCUAACAAGAAAAACAAUCGAGAUUUAGAUAUUGAGAUAAGUUACGAGUUUUCAAGUGAUGCAGGAAAAUUUUCCGAAUAUCAUUAUCCUUGGAAAAAUGUUAAAGCAGAAGAUACUUCUUCUUUUGAACAUAAUGGAUGUUGGUAUCCAGCUCCAUUUAAAAAAGCUAUUAUAAUUAUUAUUGAUGCUCUAAGGUUUGAUUUUCUUCCAAUAAUUCGCAAACUCCUUAACAAACAAUCGACCAACUCUUUAUUGUUUCAAUAUAUAGCUGAUCCACCAACAACAACCUUACAACGUUUAAAAGCAUUAACAACAGGUACUUUGCCUACAUUUAUUGAUGCUGGAAGUAAUUUUGCUGGAUCAGCAAUAGACGAAGAUAAUUUGAUUCAUCAGCUUUGGAGACAAGACAAAAAAAUUGCUUUUAUGGGUGAUGACACUUGGAUGUCUUUGUUUCCUCAAGAAAUCAAUCAAAACAUGUCUUAUCCGUUUCCAUCAUUUAAUGUAUGGGACUUGCAUACAGUUGAUAAUGGAAUAUUAAAUUUAUUAGGUGUUGACCAUUGUGGUCAUCGAUAUGGGCCUGAUCAUCAAGAAAUGGCUACCAAGUUAAAACAGAUGAAUGAUAUGAUAAAAGAUGUCGCUGAUUCAAUUGAUGAAAAUACUGUUUUACUAAUUAUGGGUGAUCAUGGAAUGGAUCUAAAGGGUGAUCAUGGUGGUGAUAGUGAUAACGAGGUUGAAUCUGCUCUUUUUAUCUAUAGCAAAAAACAAUUAACCAACAACAAUAAUUACGAUUUAGGAAAACUUUUAAAUAAAUUAGAUAGUUUAACUUUUCAAAACUCUUUCACUGCAACUAAUAAUAAUAAUUUUGGAAAAUGGCGAAGCAUUCCACAGAUUGAUUUUGUUCCUACUUUGUCACUUUUACUGGGAUUACCAAUACCAUAUAAUAAUCUAGGUACUAUUAUACCAGAGCUUUUUCUUCUUCCAAAUAAUAACCAUAAUUAUGAUGGUAGUGUUAGUGUUGAUGACGAACAACAGCAUAAAAUUCAAUUAAUGAACCUUUUUGAAGUGUUAAGAUUGAAUUCUCAACAAGUUUUUAGAUAUGUGGUUGAAUAUUCUCAACAACAACCUUCUGCUGAAUUAUCAAAAGGUUAUUUACAAAUAUUAAGAUCAUCAUUUCAAAAAGCUGAUGAAAAAUACAAUUUGAUAAAGGAAAAAGAAAAACAACAACAACAUUCUCGAAUGGUUUUAUCAUCGUCAUUAGAUGAUUUAGAAGAUGGGAUAAUUUCUUAUAUGAAAUUUUUAAAAGAGACAUUAUCAAUAUGCCGAUUGAUCCUACUAACACGUAUCGCGAGUUAUUCUAGAAUAUGCCGCGAAGAGCAAUUUCCAAAUUGUAUUUCAACAUUUUACAUAUCAUCAUCAUCAUCUGUCUCUUCACCGGCUAUUUUAUUAAGUCAAGUUGCAAUGGCAAGUCUUGUCCCAUUUAUUAUUUAUAAAAUUAUGAGUUUAUCAAAUAGUUUUAAUGGGAUUGCACCAUUUUGGAUUGAUUGGGGUUUAAGGGCUGGAUUAGUAUUGGCAUCUAUAAAUGGUUUUUUUGAUAAAUAUUUUAAUUCGGAAUGGAUGAAAAAUUUUAUAGUGAAAUUGGCUUUUGGAAUAGCAAUAAUAGUUGGAAACUUUGCAUGGUGGACAAGUCCUUUAUGUGUAGAUUUUAGAAUUAUUGGAAGUGAUAACGUUUUUGGAGCAUCAUAUUUUAUUUUCUUAUCAAUGAUUUAUCUUGUUUUAUUUAUUGUACAAAAACCAAUGGGUGGAAUCAUGAUUUCAAUUGCACUGGUACAAAUCCUAUUUUUAUUAGAAAUACUCGCUAUAAAAAAAUCAAUCCGUGAAUCCAAUUCCACGACCACUUCUACUAAAGAUUCAUACGGUUCAUUCCAAGAUUAUUUUAUUUAUAAUGUUUUAUUAGCAUUACUUGGUACAUUAUAUUAUUUUUCAACUGGCCAUCAAGCAACACUUUCAUCAAUCCAAUGGUCAACAGGUUUUAUUGGAAUUGGAGAAGUAAAUUAUAUAAUAUCGCCAAUUCUUGUAACACUAAACACAUUAGCAUCACCAAUUCUAUUCUCAUGUUCUGUUCCAUUGGUUGCAUUUUGGAGGUGGAAAAUUAGUAAUAACAAUAAUAAUCAUGACGUUUACUCUGCACUCACUUACUCUACAUUAGCAUUCAUCCUUUAUAAUGCAACUAUUACUACAAGUACAACUUUUUGGGCUGCUUGGUUUAGAAGACAUUUAAUGGUCUGGAAAGUAUUUGCACCUCGGUUUAUGUUGGGUGGCGUGACAUUGAUGAUGGUGGAUGUGGUUUUAACAUUUUUGUCAAUCGGUUAUGCUACUAGAAAAAUUUUCAAUCAUGUUACUAAAAUUUUUGAUGUAAAUUAUUUAUAA